AAGGUUUAUAACAAAUAUAUGUUGUAUGUAACAGAUAUUUGUAAUGCUAAAAAAAAAAUAAAUUUAUGCAUUCGCAUAAAUUGUAAAUGGAUAAGCCCUUCUAGAAAGCAUGCAAGGAAGCACUUUUUUCAGCCCUUUUUGGGUAUGCCUCUUAGAAUGGCUUUAAUUAGGAAGACCUAUUUAUCCCUCCUUAACUUCGCAGCCUGCUAACUGCCUAAAGUAACAUUUUCGUUUAACUUUUAUAUACUUAAUUUAAGCCAACAACCCAGGGGUUGGAAGAAAUGAUAAGUGUAACGCCGCACCAAAUUAUGAUUCUUAGCAACAGCAGCAACAACAACAUGGUUCAUAUUCCGCCUACCAAUAGUACUCCUAUGCCAAGAAAGCGGUGCCGUGUGGAAAAUGAGGAAUGCGAUGAAAUCGAAAAAAUUAAUGCGGUAUCGCAGAUUUCUAAACGUAAUGCAAGCGAAGGAGACGAGCCGCUACAACAACAACAACAACAACAACAACAACAACAACAACAACAACAACAGCAACAACAACAACAACAGUGUGCCAUAAAUAUAGACCAUGGAGAAUCGGAUCCCAAAAAGAAUGGAGAAGCCAAGGAAACAUCUACUUACGGACCUGAAGAAGUAGAUUUAACAAACGAUUGCGAAAUGCCAAAAUGCUACAAAGAAAACCAAACAGAAAAUUGUGAUGGUAAACAGGCUAAAGACAGCCCAGAGGCUUCAACAAGUCAGGCCAGUGAAAGAAUCGAACAGUGUAAACGUCCACCUGUGGAUGUAGAAGUAAAAGAGGGCCAAAUAGAGAAUGAAGACAGCUAUAUUAAAUGCUUAAAGAAAAAGAAGAAUAAGAAAAUAAAAGCUAAGCGAGGCAUGCAACAAAAAGAUGAUGACUACCAUUUUGUGAUCAGUCUUUUGCCAUACUUGCGGCGUGUGAAUUUGGAUCGAAAAUUGCAAACACGUAUGAAUAUGAUGAAAGUCGUCAUGGAGGAGAUGGAAUAUAAAGACAAUUAAAUAGUAAAGUGAAAGACACAUAUUAAUACCCCUAAAUAAAAAUAUUUUAAAUAAAUAAAAGGGAUGUGGAUUUGCUUAACAUAUGCAGUAGGUGAAAUGCGAGGUUAACCAUGCAAAUUAAAAAUCAGCGGUCUAAGAGCCGGUUGUUCAAGGUCUGCUUAUCACUACCUACCAGUAAAACAGCACUAUCGACGUUCAACACUUACUGUGGGGAAUUUCGCUUCAUGAUUAGAAACAGUUUUUCGUAAUUAGGUGUUAUUUAUGAACAAAAUGUAGGUUAAGGGCGGGCCGGUUUUUCAAUGUCUGGUUAUCACUACUUGCCGGUUAAACAUCAUUAUCGACGUCGUUG